AAGAUUAUUUAUCAGUUAAUUCUUCAUUAAAUAUCUCAAAAAUGUCCUACAAAGUGCACGAAAUAAUAAAAGAAGCUUCAUCUGGAUUCGAAAAAAACUUUCACACUCAAUUUAAGUACAUUUUAAACGAAUUUAAUGAAGAAAUAGAUCCAAAAAUAUGCACCUUAAUUAAAAAAUACAACACAGUUCAACUUCCCAAAGCCUUUGAAAAGUAUCUGGAACAAAUUCGAGCCCUGGAAGUCUUUGAAGACGACAUUUGGGUCAUAACUUACCCAAAAUGCGGCACAACUUGGAGUCAAGAAGCAAUUUGGCAGAUUUGCAAUGGAGUUGAUAUCGACGAAAAAGGCAAAAUUUCGAUUCGCAACAGAUUUCCGUUUUUAGAAAUUCAAGCAGUUGCUGCUGAUCCAACGAACGAAUCAGAAUUUGAAAUUAUACAAAAAUUGGAGAGACCGAGAUUCAUUAAAAGUCACUUACCAUUAGCUUUUCUACCAAAUGCGCUUUGGAAUGUGAAACCGAAGAUUAUUUACGUAACGAGAGAGGCAAAAGACGCGGCAGUUUCUUAUUUUCAUCAUUAUUACAAUUUAUACAAUUAUUCGGGAACAAAAGAAAAUUUCAUGGAGCUUUUUUUGAAUGGAAAUGUCGAGUAUGGAGACUAUUGGGAUCAUCUUCAUCAAUUUUUAUCUUUGAAAAGCGUUUAUCCGAACAUGGAACUCAUCAAAUUUGAGGAUUUAAAGCACAACAUGGAUUCGGUUCUCACUCAACUUUGUAAUUUUUUAGACAAAAAAUUGUCUCCGGAAAAACUUUCGAUCCUUAAGCAACAUUUGCAAUUUGAUUCGAUGAAAGCAAAUCCAGCAAUAAAUCCUCCGCAUCUCAAAAUUCUCGUUCAAAAGCAACGACCUGGAAGUGAAUACACUUUUCUUCGUCGAGGUCAAACCGGAUCUCACAAAGACGAGAUGCCUCCAGAAUUUGUCGACAAAUUUGAUGAAAAAACACGAAAAAGAUUGGAAGGCCUUCAAUAAGGCAUCAUGCAAAAUUUUUAUCGUUAUGGGAGAAAAGAAGUUAAGUGACGGAAAUUUAAUGACUCGUAAUUAUUAGACAAGUAAACAAAUAAUUAAUUAUUUCUGUAUAAAUAAACGGCGAUUGGAAGGAAAAAUAAGGCAAAAAUAAUUAUGUGUUGUUGACACUUGAAAUUGCAAUCCAACCAAUUUUUAUGUCGUCGUCGUUAAAAUGUUUGCUCUCAUAAUUAAUUUUUAUUUUAUUACCGUAAUUGGCGGAAAAAUGAAAAAUUGAAGAGAGCGGUAAAUAACUUGUACAAGGAACUCUCGUUUUGUUGGCAUCUCAAAAAAUCGCCAAGCAUAUUCAUUCAAACAACUUUUGGUUCAUGUCUCUGAUUAAAGAAAAAAAAAUUAAAAAAAAUAAAAAUAUUUAAAUUUUUAAGAAA